UCUAUUUACAUAUUUUUGCUUUAGUGUUCCUUCAAGUUGCAUUAAUAGCCUAUAAACGCUGGAUACACAGCAUGUAGCAUACGUUACGCGCGUCGUUUUAGUAACAUUAUGAAGGAGGUGGGCAUUGCGUUGCCCGCAUCGCGACGCGUCUAUGCCAUCACUGCGAGCGCAUUUUUGUUGUGCUUUAUUUUUUACUAUUUCUAUGGUGGUUACAUGACCCUGGUGCUUUUCGCUUCCAUCAUAUUGCUGGUUUUCUAUUAUGCCCAAGACUGGCUUUUAUAUCAUCCGGAAUUGCCAACAAACUCUCGCAUUUAUAUUCCCAUACCUACAAUGCAUAACCUGCCGCACAUGACCGUUACCAUUAGGACGACAGACGAUGUAACCCUGCACGCCUUUUGGAUCUGCCAGCCCGAGGAGCGAUGUAAGUCGGUGCCAACUCUGCUGUAUUUCCACGGCAAUGCUGGCAAUAUGGGACAUCGUCUCCAAAAUAUCUGGGGCAUAUAUCAUCACUUGCACUGUAAUAUCCUGAUGGUGGAAUAUCGAGGCUAUGGUCUGUCCACUGGUGUGCCCACGGAACGUGGCUUGGGGAUAGAUGCACGCGCUGCCAUAGAUUAUCUGCACACACGACACGAUCUCGAUCACUCGCAAUUAAUUCUUUUCGGCCGCUCACUGGGCGGUGCUGUUGUCAUUGAUGUGGCCGCCGAUACAGUGUACGGCCAAAAAAUAAUGUGCGCCAUUGUGGAGAAUACCUUCACAAGCAUCAAAGACAUGGCCGUGGAGUUAGUGCAUCCUUCUGUGAAAUAUAUACCAAAUUUAUUAUAUAAGAAUAAGUACCAUUCUUUAUGGAAAAUUAGCAAAUGCUCGGUACCCUUUCUGCUCAUUUCGGGGCUUGCUGAUAAUCUGGUGCCACCACGCAUGAUGCGGGCAUUGUAUAACAGGUGUGGAAGCGAGCGGAAACGUUUGUUAGAGAUUGUGGGUGGCUCACACAACGAUACCUGGAUUGUGGAUGGCUAUUAUCAGGAAAUCAGCACCUUCUUGGCCGAUUUGCAGCAGCAUCCGCCACCGCUGCAAAAGGCCCCAGAGAAAAGCAAUGUCUGGGUUGAGUUGGAACAUAAGAUAAUUGAUGUUUAGCCCAAGAAACGUGUUCGUGUUCUUUAUUGUCUGUGUUAACACUGAAAUGGUAUACUAUAUUUACCUAGUUGAAAUACCAAAACAUAAUGAGUAUUUGGGCAUGGGUUUUAAAAGCAAAUUACAUUUUUCCUUUACAUUUACAUUAAGCUGCUAAUAAGUGUGUAAAUAACUUGAUAGCAAGUUAUAACCAAGCUCUGAGCGCAUUCGAAAAAUUGUAUCUUUGACUAAAUUCAUAACGAAUUUCCUAAUUGAGGACUACAGACAAAUGUUCUGUAAUCUUAGUUUUUUACAUUUCUUUUUGAAUUAUUUAUUGCAAAUAUUUUUCUAUCUUUUUGAAAAAUAUUAAAUUUUUGUUAGGAAACAAUUUUUUGCAGGCAUCCUCCGCGCUGUGGGUUCCAUUAAGCUAAAUUUUAAUUGUUAAUUAGCCAGGAAUAAGCUGUAACCUAAGUUAGCGUAUAAUGCAAAUAAUACAAAACAUAAAACAAUAAAUAAUUUAAGAAAUUA